AUGCAAGGACCAAAAGGUCAGCCAGGAGCUCCAGGACAAUCUGGACAAGUCGGACCAACUGGACCAAUUGGUGCUAAUGGACAAGUUGGCGAUCCCGGUACAGCAGGCCAAGCAGGUCAAAGAGGUGAUCCUGGUCAAAGAGGUCAACCAGGAGCAAACGGACAACCUGGAGCACAAGGUUUACAAGGAGAUGCUGGAUCUCCCGGUCAGCCAGGACAACAAGGACCGAAAGGACCACAAGGACAGCCAGGUUCUCAAGGCGAUGCUGGCCAACGUGGUCAACCUGGAGUUAAUGGAAUACCUGGUCAACCAGGCCAACCAGGUCUUAUUGGUCAACCUGGUCCACAAGGUAGCCAAGGUGCAAGAGGUCAACCAGGUCUUCAAGGAGACAUAGGACUGCCUGGUCAACCAGGAUCGCAGGGGCAACAAGGAUCUACUGGCUCUCCAGGUACUCGGGGAAAUCCAGGACCAGCUGGAUCAAUAGGCCAACCUGGUUCUCCUGGAAAUAAUGGUCAACCUGGACCAGUAGGUGCUCAAGGUGACACUGGGCCUCAGGGACCUGCUGGCGAUAUAGGAUUCCCUGGAGAUGCUGGAACAGCAGGUCAGCUUGGUUCACCUGGGUCGCAGGGUCCGACAGGUCAACGUGGUGCAGCAGGACUACGAGGUCAGCCAGGUGUCAGAGGUCAGCCUGGAAAUGCCGGUCCUCAAGGUAAUAUUGGACCUAGUGGUAGUCCUGGAUCACGUGGGAAUCCUGGUGCUACUGGAGCUGUUGGUUUUCCCGGUGCUCAAGGAUCUCCUGGUGCGCAAGGUGACACUGGUCCCAGUGGACCACAAGGUCCUCGAGGCCAAACUGGUAAUAGAGGUCAACCUGGAAGUCCUGGGCCAAACGGACAGGCAGGAGCUUCGGGUCAGCCAGGUCAACUGGGCGCUCAAGGUCAGCUAGGAGUGAAAGGUGCUACUGGAAGUACUGGUGCUCAGGGUGAUGCUGGACCAAGAGGUGAAACUGGCCAGCCUGGAGCACAGGGUCUUUCUGGACAGGCUGGCGAUCCUGGACCGCAGGGUCCCAUUGGUCCUACUGGAUCGAAAGGUGCUCGUGGUGAUAAAGGAAUAAAUGGAAGAGCUGGAGAUCUUGGAGAUACUGGAUCAAGUGGUCCUCAAGGUGAUACAGGAAGUUCUGGACAAAUGGGUCAAAUGGGUGUUCAAGGACAACCUGGACAACCAGGCUCACCAGGUUUUGCAGGCCUAAUAGGACAGCCAGGUGAUACAGGAUUUCCAGGAAGUCCUGGCCAACGAGGAAAUAAUGGAUCUACCGGUCCUACUGGACAGGCUGGUCAAAGAGGUCCAAGUGGAGCAAAUGGACUUCAAGGUCAGCCGGGACAGCCGGGACCAAUUGGACCUGCUGGAAAUGUAGGACCAACUGGUGACCCAGGAACCAGAGGCCAACCUGGUGGUCCAGGACCUCAAGGACCGCAAGGAUCACAAGGAAUAAGAGGUCCAAGUGGUCCUUUGGGAGCAUCAGGGGCACCAGGAAAUCCUGGACCGGCUGGUAGUGCUGGUCUGUCAGGACCUAAAGGCCUAUCUGGACCAGUAGGUCCUUCUGGUAGUACAGGUGCAACAGGUUUCCAGGGGUCGCCUGGGCCAUUUGGUCCUAGAGGAGCCACUGGAGAUCCUGGAGUGACUGGGUCGAUUGGAAGCCCUGGCUCCAUUGGUCCUAGAGGUGACAUUGGUUCUCCUGGUUCAAUGGGACCUGCCGGAGCACCUGGACCUCUUGGACCUACUGGAUCUCUCGGACCAUUAGGAUCUCCUGGUACUUCCGGAGCACCUGGUUUGAAAGGAGAUAAAGGAGAUAAAGGACAAUCCGGACCGUCUGGUCAACCAGGCUUAUCUGGUCCUCUUGGAGCACCUGGAUCACCAGGUCCAUCCGGACUUAGAGGAGAUGUUGGUUUACCUGGCUCACCUGGAGCUGUUGGACCUCCUGGAGAAAUGGGUCAGACGGGUUCUGCAGGUCCACCUGGUCAGAGAGGCUCACCCGGUAAUCCCGGUUCAAUAGGUCCAAUUGGUCCGGCUGGAAAUAAAGGAGGCAUUGGUCAAAAUGGUGCGCCAGGCCCGGCUGGAAGUAUCGGAGGUGCUGGAUUACCUGGUCCUUUUGGACCAGUGGGUUCAACUGGGCCAAUUGGACCUUUGGGUCCACAAGGACAGCCAGGACCUUCUGGCAGCCCUGGACCACGAGGAGACAUUGGACCUCCGGGACCAUCUGGUUAUCAAGGAAUUCCCGGUCCCAGUGGAUCUCCUGGAAACACUGGUUUGAUUGGUCCCAACGGUGAAGUAGGACAACCUGGUGCGACUGGUGCAAGGGGUGAUUCGGGAAACACGGGACCCAUGGGACCUAUAGGGCAGAACGGUCAAGCCGGACCUCGAGGUCCUCCUGGUUCUCCAGGUAACGUUGGACCACCUGGUAAACAAGGACUUCCUGGUCAACAAGGAGCACAAGGCAUUUCUGGAACAAUGGGUAACAGUGGACCAGCUGGACAAAUGGGUCCCUCUGGUAUGUUUGGUCCUCCGGGCCCGCCUGGUGGAACAGGUAACACUGGCAGUCCAGGCAGUUAUGGUGAUGCGGGUCUUGCUGGCCCUCCUGGAUACACUGGACAGAUAGGACCACCCGGACCUGCAGGACCAAGAGGUGACGUUGGUUCACCCGGUUAUCAGGGGCCAUCAGGCAGACCUGGCUCUCAGGGAGUUGCCGGAGUUUAUGGUGCCACAGGAGCAACAGGAUCUAUGGGAAGUCCAGGAUCGAAUGGAGGUAUGGGCGCAACAGGACCUCAGGGUCCUCCUGGUCAGUCCGGGGAUCAAGGAAGUCCUGGAUACAUAGGAGUAUCGGGAUUCACUGGCAAUACUGGCAAUACAGGACCCACGGGACCCAGCGGACAAUCAGGGAACCCUGGUCCGUCAGGACAGAUGGGACAGAUGGGAGCAUCAGGAAACACUGGAUUGCCAGGUCCGCCUGGAUUGCCAGGUUCUCAAGGUCAAUCGGGAUACAGGGGUCAACCUGGUUCAACUGGAAGUACUGGCCAGACUGGAAGCUCCGGAUCUACAGGAUAUGUUGGUUAG